AUACAAGAUAAGAAGAAGACACCACUCAUUAAUUAAACAGUAGGAGUGAAUGGGAGAUAAAAAGCUCACAAAGCUUCUACUUUAGAAUGGUUGCUAGUACUUACAGUUGUGUGUGCAUAUGGAAAAUUACUACUAUUCUGGGUGGCCUUUGUGUACAAACUGGGCUCAAUGUGAUUCUGCACCAAACACUGAUCAAUCUCCUUCUUCAUCAGUCCCCACACAAACACUGCCUUUAGCCUCUGACACUGCUUCUCUUCAAUUUGGCAAGUUCCCCAUUUGGCCCGAAACCAUUGAAGGGGUUGCAGAACAUGAACAUGGAGCUGCAAGUGCUUCCAAGAGCCACAGCCAAGCAGAGAAAAGGCGCAGGGACAGGAUUAAUGCACAGCUUGCAACUCUCAGAAAACUCAUUCCCAAGUCUGAUAAGAUGGACAAGGCAGCUUUACUAGGGAGUGUUGUAGACCAUGUCAAAGAUCUGAAGAGAAAAGCCAUAGAUGUCAGCAAAGCCAGUAGUACUAUUCCAACUGAAAUUGAUGAAGUAACAAUUGACUAUCACGAAGCUCAAGAUCAUGAAAGCUACAUUAAAAACACGUUCAGAGCUUCUGUUUGCUGUGAUGAUAGACCAGAGCUGUUCCCUGAGCUCAUACAAGUGUUCAAAGGUUUGAGACUUAAAGCAGUUAAAGCUGACAUGGUCAGUGUGGGUGGAAGAAUCAAAAGCAUAUUGGUGCUUUGCUCAAAGGAGAGCGAAGAAGGCAGUGUUUGCCUUAGCACUCUCAAACAAUCGCUUAAAUCAGCUGUGAACAAAAUUUCUUCUUUGUCUGUGGCAUCAAACUGUCCCCCUAGAAGUAAGAGGCAGAGGUUCUUCUUGCCUUCUCCUUGCAUACAAUAAUUUAUUGCAAAAUCUCUUAUUACGAUUAUUGUUAUCAUUAUUUUUAUUCUUUAGGAGGAUAAUUUCAGUAGGUGGAAUUAUUUGUUUUCAUUUUACAAUGUUCAUUGGCCUAUAAUUUAUAGUGUCUCUUUGGAUAUCAGCUAAUUGUAAUGUGAACAGACUUUUUGUCCCUAUAUAAAAGAAGAGUUUUGUUCA